CCUUGCGCUGAAAUACACAACAAUGCACAUUUCCUGUCGAUUGUAAUUUUAUGGAAUGUCUAAAGAAAGCGUAGCUUGUGAUUCUGCAAUGUAGCUUUUGAAAUAUUGGCGAUCUGUCACUUUGCUAGACGUUCGAAUGGAAAUAUAAGGUUGGCAAAAAGUUGUGGGACCAAAGGUUGUUUUUCUGUGCAUGGACGGAAAGCCAAUGCGCAGGAGGUCAGAGAAAGUCUCCUGUUGCCACUGCAAAUUGAGCUAUAAUUGGAAGAGUUGAUUACUGUUUGGCAACAAGAAUUGCUCAGGCAGUUGCUCGGGGGAUAACAGAUGCCAACUGAAGAGGCCUUGGAUUGCACUGUAGACAAUGGGUACAAGUGCACGCCCAGACAAUACCGGAAUGGACAUCACCGCACGCUGCACACUGGGUGACCCCAACAAGCUCCCAGAGGGUGUGCCCCAGCCGGCACGCAUGCCCUAUGUGUCGGACAAGCACCCUCGCCAGACGUUAGAGGUCAUCAAUCUGCUACGCAAGCACAGGGAACUGUGUGAUGUCGUGUUGGUGGUCGGCGCCAAAAAGAUAUAUGCCCACCGGGUGAUCCUGUCGGCCUGCAGCCCUUACUUCAGGGCCAUGUUCACAGGCGAGCUGGCUGAGAGUCGGCAGACUGAGGUUGUGAUCCGGGACAUUGACGAGCGGGCCAUGGAGCUUCUCAUUGACUUUGCCUACACCUCGCAGGUUACUGUAGAGGAGGGCAACGUGCAGACGCUGCUGCCCGCCGCUUGUCUGUUACAACUGGCCGAGAUUCAGGAGGCUUGCUGUGAGUUUCUCAAGCGUCAGUUGGACCCCUCCAAUUGCCUGGGUAUCCGUGCAUUUGCUGACACCCACUCCUGCCGCGAGCUGUUGCGGAUAGCUGACAAGUUUACACAGCACAACUUUCAAGAGGUGAUGGAGAGUGAGGAGUUCAUGCUGCUUCCAGCCAACCAGCUGAUAGACAUUAUCUCCAGCGAUGAACUGAAUGUGCGAAGUGAAGAGCAGGUUUUCAACGCAGUCAUGGCCUGGGUCAAAUACAGCAUUCAGGAGCGCCGGCCACAGCUGCCACAGGUGCUCCAGCACGUUCGUCUUCCUCUUCUGAGCCCUAAAUUUCUGGUGGGAACGGUGGGAUCAGACCCUCUCAUCAAAAGUGAUGAGGAGUGCAGAGACCUGGUUGAUGAGGCAAAGAACUACCUCCUCUUGCCCCAAGAGCGACCUCUAAUGCAAGGGCCAAGAACACGGCCCCGGAAGCCCAUCCGGUGUGGAGAAGUGCUGUUUGCAGUUGGAGGGUGGUGCAGUGGGGAUGCCAUUUCCAGUGUGGAGCGAUAUGACCCACAGACCAACGAGUGGCGCAUGGUGGCUUCCAUGAGUAAGAGGCGCUGUGGAGUGGGGGUCAGUGUCCUUGAUGAUCUUCUCUAUGCUGUCGGCGGCCAUGACGGGUCCUCAUAUCUCAACAGUGUGGAGAGGUAUGACCCCAAGACCAAUCAGUGGAGUAGUGAUGUGGCUCCCACCAGCACGUGCAGGACCAGUGUGGGUGUGGCUGUCCUGGGAGGGUAUCUGUACGCAGUAGGGGGCCAAGAUGGAGUAUCGUGUCUCAACAUUGUUGAAAGAUAUGACCCCAAGGAGAACAAAUGGACACGCGUGGCCUCGAUGAGCACCAGGCGCCUGGGUGUAGCCGUGGCUGUACUGGGGGGCUUCCUCUAUGCGGUGGGAGGCUCUGAUGGCACGUCCCCUCUCAAUACAGUGGAGAGGUACAAUCCGCAAGAGAACCGCUGGCACACCGUCUCUCCCAUGGGCACCAGGAGGAAACACCUAGGCUGUGCAGUGUACCAGGAUAUGAUCUACUCUGUAGGCGGUCGUGACGACACCACCGAGCUGAGCAGCGCCGAGCGCUACAACCCCAGGACCAACCAGUGGUCACCUGUUGUAGCCAUGACUUCAAGGCGUAGUGGGGUUGGACUAGCGGUGGUAAAUGGUCAGUUAAUGGCCGUGGGUGGCUUUGACGGGACAACAUAUCUUAAAACAAUAGAGGUCUAUGAUCCUGACGCUAACACAUGGAGACUCUACGGUGGAAUGAACUACAGGCGACUUGGAGGAGGGGUUGGUGUUAUCAAAAUGACUCACUGUGAAUCCCACAUAUGGUAACGCCACCAGUUUAAAGGCCUCACCGUCGCUUGUGCCUCUGAAAGAAACAUUGUUUAUCAUGCAAGGAAGGAAGACUAUAUUAACUUUAACUUAUCCACAGCCGUGUAAUUGGCAAGCCAAGGAAAAGUCUUGAGUGACUACAAGAUGUGUCAAGUCUGGAAGGCUUCUCAUCUAGUAGUCUAUGGUUCAUCUCUCCAUUCUGUAAUUCCUGUAUUAUGACUUGACACGCCAAGCCAGCCAAGGCCAAGAGGAACCAACUGAAUUGGCCUGCAUUAAUCACAUGAGGAACUAUUAUUUAUGACAUCACUGCGGCAAACACUUAAUUUCCCCUUUUUCUGUUACUGAAAUGGAAUGAUGCAGCUGCACUUUAGGAUACAGUUCAGACUUUUGCUGUGUGACCUGUUAUACUAUACCAACAUUGAGUUUACAUUUAAAUAUUAAAUGGGGCAUGCCGAAGAAUCGUCAAAUAGAGCUGAUGUUUAACUGAAAAUGUAGGAUGUGGUCGCAUUGCUUCUCCUGAUCUUGAUUGUGAAUAGUUGAACUUGUUAGGCAGUUGUUUGAAUCUCCUCUAAAUUGAAUGCGCUGUGAUUAUAAUUAUUUUAGAAUAUGUUAUUUUUUGGCUGUUUUUAUUGGAGGUAGACACUGAGCAUAACCUGGAGUUCUAUAUUCACAACUGGGGGUCAAUUGUUGGCCGACUAAGAUGUUAGCACUGUGCUGCUUACACAAUAUUACACUGAGUAUACCAAGUAUUAGGAACACCUUCCUAAUAAUGAGUUGCACCCCCCAUACCAUGUUUAAAGGCACUUAAAUGUUUUAUCUUUUCCACCCUCUGAAUGGCACACAUACACUAACCAUUUCUCACAUCUUAAAAAUCCUGUUUCCCCCCCCCCCCAUCUACACUGAUUGAAGUGGAUUUAACAAGUGACAUCAAUAAGAGCCUUCACCUGGAUUCACCUGAUCAGUAUGUAAAGGAAUGAGCAGGUGUUCUUAAUGUUUUAUAUACUCAGUGUAUAUAACUGUUUCAUACAAGAUUGUUAUUGCCCAUUUAAGGCUGGAUAACAGCAGAUAUUAUUUUAGGAGCAACUCCUUGACACAUCGCUUGUGCGUUUAACAUUAUAUGACACAUUUCUGAGACAGUCUUGCACUUUAAUCUAUUAUAGAUUAUUCUUGAGGAAUGAGUUGCAUUGUCGUUAAUCUAAAACGCAGUUACAAAGGAAUAAUAAACCGGUUGAUGUAUUAUGCAUUUUAACCUAUUAUUUGGUGAGCAUGCAAAACAUCGAUGGACAUUCAGUAAUAUGCUUAAUUGAAAAAUGACUUCAUCUUAACCUUAUCAGACCCGACCCAGGCAAUCCCUGGGUGAAAAACCUGAAAUAUCCUACUUUCAUUUAUCUGCCUGCGACGCCCUCAAAUUUAGCCUCACAUUGAAGUGUUUUGCCAUUUUCUUUUCAGGACAACCAUGGCUACAAGUAGAACACAAAAUAAUUUGACAUGAACAGUUGCAUUUAUGAGUUUUAUUCACAAAUGUCAAUGAAAACAAGGUUCACCAAGCAAAAACCUUAUAGAAAAUUAAUUUAUAAGAUUGCUGUAAGUAUAGAAAUUGUUUUCUCAGUUGGAAAUAAAUAUCCAACUAUUCAGUGACAGCUGUGUAGAAUUUGUGGUAGCAACUGUGAGCUUAUUACAGUAUUAUAGACACUAUGUCCUGGGGUGUCCAAUCUAUGUAGAAGAGCCUUUACCUUCUAACGACUCUUGUGGCUUGUGAGCAAAACAGUGUGCAUGUUUGUAGGUAUCUCGAGUUUCAUAGUGGAGUCAUAAGUUUGUAGUCAAACCGUUCAGACUUUACAGACAUUUGUGAGAACUGUCUUCCUUGUCUCACAAACACAGCUCCAGCUCAGCCGCUGUUAAUCGCAGAAGAAAUAGACGAAUCCAAUGCAAAAACCCAGAAGCCUGUUUUAAAAGGGGUUAAGGCACUAAAAUGCACCAGCUUUACCGUGAUACUCGAAGCAUUUUAAUGUCUAUAUAAAUCCCAUGUUACCAUUGAGCAUAAACAUAUUUCAUCAUGUGUUCUGCUGAAACUCUAUCCCUAUGCGUAUAUCACCCAAAUGUGUCAUUUGCUCAAGUAAUUAUUAGCCUAUACCGGUCAUUCAGUGGUAGAGAAAUUGCUACCUUCUGAAAUGAAUGUCCCUCUUUCACGCAUAAGUAUGGAAGCGUUUUGGGGGCAAAUGUUUAGGAAGAAAGAUGAGGGAUGCUUAAUUUCUGCUGAAGGUCUGAGAUUUCUCUUUAUGAGCUAUAAGCCUUGAUAAAACAUGUGGCAUUUUACCCUUAUUAACUGUUGUGGAUUUGUCUGUGUACUGACAAAAUAACCCAUUCUGUUAAUAAAAACCUUUUUUAUUUCCAACUUUAAUAAGCUCAAAAAACAAUCUGUAUUUGAAAAGUAUUUAUAGGUUCUGUUCUUUCAGCAGUUACUUCACUGUUAACCAUUUAGGAAAUCACUGCACAGGGAUUACAAGGCUAGUUCUCUGGGAAACUAGGCUUUGUUAGUUUUCACUUAGCCACCUGAUUCACUGUACUGUAAAUCUGGACUGAAAGGAUUGUGUAUAUAUAGGAGAACUUCUGCCCAAGUUACUUGAUGGCAAUGGAUUUACCAUGUCUCAAACCUGAUUAUAUAAUAAAUUAUAAACUGGG